AACGAGCGUAUGAACCAGUCGCCUCCCAGCCACGGAGAAGGGAGGGUGUUGCUCUGGUGAGCUUGCUACACUUGAAGUGCUCAGAUACUCUUGAGAUUGUUAGACAGAAGCUUGCUUGGCACUUUGGAGGAUGCCAGAGGAAACAGAAAGUAUAGCCUUGAACCAUGUAGAGGCUGAGCAGCUUCCAGGCGCCAGAAAGGAAUCAAAGAGGGAAAGACGGAUUCGCCUCAUCCGACAGACUGGUCUGGUGGUCAUGGCAUCAAUGGGACACUUUUCCGUGGGUGCCACAUUAACCUGGCCUUCACCGGCACUCUCCGACCUGGCCAGAGACAACACCACACUGGUUGGCACUGAAAUGGUCCUAACCACUUCUCAAAUGGACAUGACAGGAAGCUUGGUAUCGCUGGGGUCGCUGCUGGGGGCGUGGGGGUGUGGCUGGGUGGUGUCGGAGCUGGGGAGGCUGAGAGCCAUGCAGUGGGUGGUGGUUCCCUACCUCCUAGGCUGGCUGGCCAAUGCCCUCGCUCCCAACCCUUCCCUUCUUCUUACAGCAAGGUGUGUGCUGGGCAUGGCGUGUGGGGCAUCCUCAGUGGCUGGUACACUCUACGUCGUCGAGCUGGCAGACACAAGCGUUCGGGGCACGAUGGCUUCUAUUCCCACAAUUGCAAUCGUUUUGGGUGGCCUCUACACUGUGUGGAUGGGUUACAUCCUUAAGUGGCAUCAUUUAGCACUAGUUUGUGCCUUGCCUCCUAUCAUCCUCUUCUUGUGUACUUUCUUUUUACCAGAUUCACCAUCCUUUUUGGUGGUAAAAGGUUUUAAAUCAGAGGCUUCAAGAAUCCUGAGGAGUCUUCGAGGUCCAUAUGCAGACAUUGACUCAGAAGUAGCACAACUUGAGACGCAUAAUCGUGCCACAAGUGGCGGCUGGAGAAAACUCCUGAAGAUCCAAGUGGUAAAGCGAGUGGUUGUCAUAGUUAUGCUAUUCUUUUUCCAGCAGUUCUGUGGUAACUACAUUUUUAUGGUACAUACAGCAAGAAUUCUGCAAGCAUCUGGAGCCCCAUGGGAUCCAGACAUGGCAACAAUCAUUGUUGGUAUUGUCAGAGUCGUGGGGGCAAUGAUGUCUCUUGCAUUAGUUGACCAUGUGGGUCGUCGCUACUGUUUGAUUACCUCUCAUGCCAUCAACUCGUCUGCCUUGAUGUUACUUGGUAUAUACGUUCAUCUCGCCGAAGCUGCUGAACCCGAGGACAACACUUACAGCAGGCUGAACUGGAUACCUCUGACAUGUGUACUGGUGGUAAUGUUUGCCAUCAAUUUUGGCGCUCACCCUGUCCCCUUCACCCUCGCUGCAGAGUACUUUCCUACAAACAUCCGUGGCCAGGCAUCUUCCUUUUGCUACUCCUUUGGAACUGUCAUCGCCUUUUUGGCUCUGCAGCUCUACAGCCCCAUGCAAGAAACUCUCACGCAGGCUGGACUCUACUGGUUCUACAGCAUUGUCAGCUUCCUGGGAGUCCUCUUCACUUGUAUAUUCGUGGAGGAAACUAGCAGGAGAGCAGUGGGCUGAGGGGUAAAACAAAUUUCAAAUUGUUAAAUAAGUUUUAAAACAAUACAGGAAAUUACUGUUUAAAUGAAACAUAUCACUAGGUAUUACUGCAAAUAUAACGAUGCAGAACGCUAAACAUACACUCGUUCCACACAUUCUCUUGUGCUGUUUACAUGUACAAAACCUUGUUCCUAAAUGCUAAUCCUGAACUGAAACUUUCUGUCAUAGAUAUAAUAGAAUCCAUAAGCACCACACCAGACAUAUUUAUUUCAUAUCUCAAGUCAAACCAAAUUUGUGUAAACAUUCCAUGGAAAUUAAUGUAGUGAAAUGCUUCCUCCUGGUAGGUCCCCCUCCGAUCAGUGGCUUCCUAUUUUUGCAUUUUCUCCUCUUAGAGGUGCCAGUUGUAGUUUGACGUGGCACAUAUCCAAUCAGUUGACUCCAAGCUCUCAUGGCUGGCACUUGACAGUGAGGGUGUGUAACCAGCAUAGGUAACAACCAAACUAAUGUAUUCAUUGUUAUCAGGGCUCGUCAUGGUUUCCUUGCUGUUAUCUGUUUUAUUUUGCAUAAUCUUGGCAUUUACUCUUCGUUUGGGUGAUCUAGUAUUCCUGUGCCUCUUUUAGUGGACUAGAUUUUGGCUUCUAUGGCAGGUUUUUAAAUUACUCUAAGAAGCCUGCUGUGAUAUAAUACAUUUAGUUAUCCAGGCAACUAGCACCUGGGAGACUCUUGAGGGACCUCCAGAAAGAGAUAUUUCAUUACAUUGAGUGUUAGAUUUUUAAUAAUCUGGUCUAAUUUGCUAAUGUUAAUUGUUGUUAAUUAUGUUAAAUCAUUACUUAUAUAUACUUAUAAAACUAACAAAGAAAAAAAUAAAAUAUUGUAAGAGGCCCCUUCAGACUAUGAGGCCCUAAAGAAUUUAGCUUAUCCCUAAAUGCAGACCCGGUUAUGUAGCAUGGAGGUAAUUAUCACAGUGAAAGCCCAAAAUCAGUAUGGCCGAAUUUAACACUUCCUGCCUCAUUUUCUUCAAACUAUUCUGUUCACAUAAUCAAGUAGUUCUGUUUUGUUAAAUUUGGUUUUUCUCUUCUGUUUUAAACUUUUUCAAAAUCAGCAUGAUCAAUGCAAUUAUUACUAGCCACAUUAGCAGAUUGACAAAAGAUUGGUGCUGCUGUUACAGUUCUUUCUUCUAUAACCAUUGCUUACCUGCUGGGUACCCAGCUACUGCUAUAGGUGAACAGAGCCGUCAGGUGAAAUGAAAUGGGUCCAACCAUAUGUCCCACUCAGGAAUUAGACCCAGGACACUUGGAUCUGCUUCAGAACAUCACUCCAGCUAUUAUUACCUAAUACAAUUUAUUUAACUCAUUUGCAGGUAAGGAAUUUGUUCAAUUAUUUGUCAAAUAUUUUAGCACUGCACGAAUUGGUGACCAAGAGCUGAGAGAAUUGUGCCCUCCAGUGGAUAAUGUCUACCCAAAACAUUGAAUGUGAUUGUUUUAUACAAUUUUUGUAUUAUACCAAUACUGUACAGUUUUAGUUCAUAGCAUAAUUUAAAUGCAAACCUUUACUGUAUUUUACAUAAGCAGUUUGCUGUAUAUUUUUGGGGGGUUAGUAAAGUAUUAUGGAGGUAUGUAACACAGCCAACUUUAUACACUACUGUUGUGAUACUUUACAAUUACUUUGUGUGCAAAUUAAUUAUCUGAAAUAUCUAUUACAGUGACUUAAGUAUACUAUAAGAUAAAUGCCAAUAAUAGUAA